GCUCCGCGACAAGUGCGCAUUCGAGUUUGAAACAGCGCGCGAAGCAGAUCGCUUUGCGGUUACGGUCGUGCGUUUUACAGAGAACUUGAGACUUGUGUGUUUUCGUGAGCUUAAGUGAUGUCGAAGGAUAGCCCGAGGCUGAGUCGGCUGGGGGUGCUGGCCCCCGCCGCGCUAUCUGCCUGCAUGGACGCUUCGGUGCUGGCCGUUCCCGCCGCUGGUGCUAUCGUCUCCACCGUGCUGAAAGAACUGAGCAAGGCUUUCAUGCUUAAAAAAUGGUACCAUGGAAUCAUGUCUGCGAAAGAAGCGGAGCAUUUGAUGAUGGAGAAAGGCAGGAACGGGUCGUUCUUAGUGCGCGAGUCACAAACGCACCCCGGCGAGUACGUGCUCUCGGUGCGUGUACGCGGACGCGUCAGUCACGUCAUGAUCAGGAAACAGCAGCAUAACAAAUACGACGUGGGCAGCGGCGAGCAGUUUGACGACUUAGUAGGGUUGAUCGAACAUUUUCGGUCGUACCCUAUGAUAGAGACGUCUGGGGACGUACUCCGCCUGUUACAACCAGUCAGCGGAACACGUCUUCGAACGGACGACAUUCACAACAAAGUUCAGGAUAUGAGGUAUAAUCAAGACACUCACCACAAUACAGGAUUUGACGGAGAGUUUCACUCACUUAAAACGAUGGAGGACCUACAUAUUUUCACGACAGAGGAGGGCUUGAAGCCGCAGAAUGUGAACAAAAAUCGAUAUCGCAAUAUAUUGCCAUUUGAUCAGACCCGCGUAAAAUUACGCAGGAACGACGAUAAGACUCAAUCAGAUUACAUAAAUGCAAGUUACAUUCGCACCUCCCAACUGGUCGAACCAACCGGCUCAGUUCAGUCAUCAAAUGAAAGCAUCAACAGCGUUAAUUCCUUAAUCCUCAGACAUGAUGCCAAAAAGGCAGCUCCAUUGGUCACAAAGUCCUUAUCGGACGAUGCUCUAAGAGAUGUCAAGAGGUAUAUCAAAAUGGACAAAACGGGUAGCAAUAUAUGUCGAAAUAUAAUGAAAGACAAGAUAUAUAUAGCCACUCAGGGCUGUCUUACCAACACGACAGAUGAUUUCUGGCGCAUGUUGUGGCAAGAGGACGUGAGGGUGGUGGUGAUGAUCACCAUUGAAGUUGAAAAGGGAAAGAGAAAAUGCGAGCGUUACUGGCCCGAGUCUGGCCAAGAGGAGACAUAUGAUGAGUUGACAGUGAAGUCCAUGUCUGAGACGUGCUAUGAGGACUAUAUCGUCAGGGAGUUCGAUGUCAACGAUAACAACACUUGCCGAACAAUGUACCAGUACCAGUACACGAGCUGGCCCGAUCACGGCACGCCAGUUGACACAGAUGGAGUCUUGGCGUUUGUAGAAGACAUAAACAGGCGCAUGUAUAGGAUCUCCCAGGAGAAAGAUGGCCCGGAACAGAAUGUUCUGUGCGUGCACUGCUCAGCGGGCGUUGGCAGAACUGGUACUUUCAUAGUCCUGGAUAUGCUGAUUGACAAGAUAAAACUAUCAAGAUUUAAUUGUGAAAUAGACGUGUACGACACGGUAAAGUUGGUGCGGGCGCAGCGCAGUGGGAUGGUCCAGAACAAGGCGCAGUACAGAUUCCUUUACCUGGCUGUACAGAAUUAUAUCGAUAACAAUAACAUUAAAUUAAAAAAGAAGGUGUAUACUUCCGAAGCUUAAGUGGAAAAUACUGGUGAACCAAAGUGUAUAAUUAUUUAUUAUUGAGAUACUUCGUGUAUUCAGUGUACAACACUAAAAUGUGAUCACAAAUUAGAAUUAAGUAUUAUUAGUGUAAUAUUCAAACCGAGGUAAAUAGUACUAUGACAGAACUUACGGGAUUAAAGCGAGACAAAACAUGUGUAUGGUCAGGAAAGAGAGACAAUUGUUAGUUUUUAUCUGUAAAUAAUGUAGUAUUGCAUUUUGAUAAAUAGUAUUGCCAUAUAAAAAUAUAAAACGUUAUUUCACAGACUGUAAAAAGGGAGCCAUGGUCACCAAUGUUUUGAUCUUGGUAGCUAGCACCAAAUGAUAACAUAAAUUUUAAGAAUAUUAUCUAGAUAUAUAUAUAUAUAUAUAUAUAUA